AUGAUGGAGGCCACAUCACUAAUCCGAUCCGCGGCGUUUUUGGUGUUGCUGAACUGCGCGACAUCUAGAGGAAUGGAAGACAACUAUGCGAACUUCAUACUCAAGAACGGAAACAGCGUCAGCGAAGUCGGCACGGUCAAGAACGCGAAGCUGACCUGGGGCAAGUGGCAGCACGACGGCGAUGACUUGGCCACGGUCAACAACGUUAGAUUCAACACCGUUACGGCGGCGACAUUCAGGGCGUCGGGACGCGAGAACAGCCCCUCAGGCGCCGAGGGCUCGUUCGAAAUAUACGAGGGCGCAAGGAAGGUCGCCGUCGUCGUGUUCGACAUACCGUUCUGGGGCACUAACCAGGUCGAAAUUCGCGAAUUGGACGACGAGUUUGUUUGCAAGCAGAGGGGCUUCACGCCCACUGGCUCCCCGACUAUCAUCAUAAAGUGUCAUAAGAUUUCCGAU